AACAUUUUGAUUUUGACAUUUCUUUACACAUCAUAUUUACGCGUGUAAAUGAUUUUUCGGCUUUGUACUAAUAAAGAUUUAAAUAAAUAAAUAAGUAUUGUGUAAAUUUGUGACUGUAGCAGUACAAGUCACUGAGAUGGGAGAAACUACUGAGGUCGUGAAAAUUAAUAAAUGGGAUGGUGCAGCUGCUAAAAAUGCUGUAGAUGAUGCAAUUCGAGAGGUAUUAACUGGAGAAUUAAAAUGUAAGGAAAGCUUUGCACUAAUUGACGGACGCCUCUUUCUCUGUGCGCUGGCAGUUGGAGUAGCACUGUAUGCUCUGCUAUGGGAUUAUCUAUACCCAUUCCCGCAAUCUAGGCUGGUUCUCAUCAUCUGUGUGUCUUCAUACUUUAUUCUCAUGGGAUUUUUGACUCUGUAUACUACAUUUAAAGAAAAGGGCAUCUUUGUUGUGGCAAAGGAGAAAGUCGGUAACACCACUAGGGUUUGGGAAGCUAGUUCAUAUGUGAAGAAGCAUGAUGACAAAUAUAACUUGAUCCUUGUGAUGCGUGAUUCUAACGGAAAGUACCGUGAAGCUUCUAACAACAAAUCUUUUGCCAACUAUAUUGAUACAAACGGCACUGUGGUACAAAACUUGGUACUCAAUGAGAUUACCAAACUCUACAAUUCACUCUCCUCUGAAAAGAAGGAGAAGUAAGUGUAAGUGAAUAUAUUAAAGAGAGUUUAUUGUAACUUUAUUGGAAUAAAUUGAAUCUGAAUUAU